GCAGACAUCCGGAAGUACAAAGCAUUCUAAAGAUUAUUAUUUAUUUUUUUUUUAAAAAUCUCAUUCUUAUCAAUAUCAUUUGAUUAUUUAUCUUGUAUAUUUACAACGUGACUUGAUUUUACUACUUAGGCUUAAUAUACAAUUAAUUAUUUCAAAGAAUCUUGUAAGUUGUAUUUUCAUUUACUGCGAUCCUACAAUUCUGAAAACAUUUAUAAUCAUCAUGGCGCUUGCCGAUGUUUGUGGAUUGAAAACAAACCAGUUAAAAAAUGGAUUUCUAAGCGAUUUUGGAGGAACAUCAACACAUCUUUUAAACGAUGCAUUGACAACAACAAACAGCUUCACAAUCCCAUAUGGCAUUGAUCCGGUAGAGAGCAUGAAAGAGUUUACUAAUCCAAAGAGUGAUGUCAAGAUACAUUUUGAUCAUGGUACUACGACUCUGGCCUUCAAAUUUCAACAGGGUGUAAUUGUUGCAGUGGAUUCAAGAGCCACAGCCGGACCUUCCAUAGAAUCCCAGACUGUGAAGAAAGUGAUUGAAAUAAAUCCUUAUUUACUUGGAACCAUGGCAGGUGGGGCUGCAGACUGUGCUUACUGGGAGAGGGUACUAGCAAGACAGUGUCGCAUAUAUGAAUUACGAAACAAAGAAAGGAUAUCAGUGGCUGCAGCAUCUAAAUUAUUGGCCAACAUUGUCUACAACUAUAAAGGAAUGGGGCUAUCUAUGGGAACUAUGAUUUGCGGAUGGGAUAAAAGGGGACCUGGUCUGUACUAUGUUGACAGUGAUGGAGAAAGAAUGUCCAACAAUAUAUACUCGGUGGGUUCUGGGUCGGUUUAUGCCUAUGGUGUUUUAGACAGUGGAUACCGUUAUGAUCUAUCUGUAGAGGAAGCUAUUGAUCUAGGAAGGAGAUCAAUCUACCAUGCCACCCACAGGGACGCAUACAGUGGUGGCGUCGUUAACUUAUACCACAUGAAGGAAACCGGUUGGGAAUUCAUCUCUCAGACCGAUGUAUUUGACCUACAUUAUCAGUAUCAGGCUGAGAAGAAGAAAUAGGACAGUUUGUGAAUCUUUGUAUCAAAGUGUUAACAGAACACUGCAUCAUCAUAUGCCAGCAAUGUCUAUGUUCAUGAAUAUGAAAAUGUUGAAUUUAUCCAUUAAAGAAUAACUUCAUAUGUA